CCCGUCAGCUCCGCCCUCCGCCCUGUUGGUUGCGCGAGUUCUCGGCGGCAUCGCGGCCAGUAGUGCGGGUGAGCGGCGGCUGGUGUGGGCGGCGUUGCCCGGCUGUGCUUUGCUCUCCGGCUGAGGAAGGCGGCCGGUCGGUCGCUGCUCGCUCCGUCUCUGCGGUCCCUCCGCCGCUUCAAGGAGCCGCGGGUUCCUCUCCUUCCUGCGUGUUGAAAAAUCUUGUCCUGUCUACACUAGCAGCUAACUGAUCUGCACCCAUUGUUGACAGCCACCAUCAUCAACAGGUCAUUUUCCCUCUGCAAGCCUGGCUUUUGGUUAUGUAUCGUAAAUCCAAGUGGAAGUGCGGUUACGAUCUUGCGGUUCUUGAACACGGAAAUAAUGAAAAAAGUGUGCCACAACUCUUGAUCAGUGACCUGAAGUUUGAGAAGAAGUCACUAGCUAAGCUCAUGUUUUCUCCUGAUCAAGAAAAUCAUCCAUCAAAAGCACCGGUGAAGUAUGGUGAAUUGAUCGUAUUGGGGUACAAUGGAUCACUCCCAAAUGGAGACAGAGGAAGAAGAAAAAGUAGAUUUGCUUUAUUUAAAAGGCCCAAAGCAAAUGGGGUGAAACCUAGCACUGUGCAUAUUGCCUGUACCCCUCAAGCAGCAAAGGCAAUAAGCAAUAAGGACCAACACAGCAUAUCUUACACUUUAUCUCGGGCCCAGACAGUAGUAGUUGAAUAUACCCAUGACAGCAACACAGAUAUGUUCCAGAUUGGUAGAUCAACAGAGAGCCCUAUAGACUUUGUUGUGACAGAUACAGUUCCUGGAAGUCAGAGUAAUUCAGAUACGCAGUCUGUGCAGAGCACUAUAUCAAGAUUUGCCUGCAGAAUCAUAUGUGAACGUAAUCCUCCUUUUACAGCAAGAAUAUAUGCUGCCGGAUUUGACUCCUCAAAGAACAUCUUUCUUGGGGAGAAGGCUGCAAAGUGGAAGACAUCAGAUGGGCAAAUGGAUGGACUAACCACAAAUGGAGUUCUUGUUAUGCACCCUCGUAAUGGAUUUACAGAAGACUCCAAACCAGGGGUAUGGAGAGAGAUAUCUGUGUGUGGGAAUGUGUUCAGCCUCCGUGAAACCAGAUCGGCUCAGCAGAGGGGAAAAAUGGUGGAACCUUUCUCUUCCUCUGUCCAUCACAAGGUUGAAAAUGAAACAAACCAACUGCAGGAUGGCUCUCUGAUUGACCUGUGUGGAGCAACGUUGUUGUGGCGCACUGCAGAAGGGCUUUCGCGCACUCCUACUGUCAAGCACCUGGAGGCAUUGAGACAGGAGAUCAAUGCGGCAAGGCCCCAGUGUCCAGUGGGCUUUAACACCUUGGCAUUUCCCAGCAUGAAGAGAAAAGAUGUUGUAGACGAAAAGCAGCCGUGGGUGUACCUGAACUGUGGCCAUGUCCACGGCUAUCACAACUGGGGAAACAAGGAGGAGAGAGACGGCAAGGAUCGAGAGUGUCCCAUGUGCCGCUCUGUCGGCCCCUAUGUGCCUCUGUGGCUUGGAUGUGAAGCGGGAUUUUAUGUGGAUGCGGGACCUCCAACUCACGCGUUCAGCCCAUGCGGACACGUGUGCUCAGAAAAGACAACUGCUUAUUGGUCCCAAAUCCCUCUCCCUCAUGGUACUCACACUUUUCAUGCAGCCUGUCCAUUCUGUGCACAUCAGCUGGCUGGUGAGCAAGGUUACAUCAGACUCAUUUUCCAAGGACCUCUUGACUAACACAUGUGUAUAACCAAGGACUGCAGUAAACUGAUAAGCUAAGUGAUUCUGAUUUUUAAAUCAACUGUUUUUCGUACUCUCUGGGCUUUGCUGGUUUGCAUUAAGAUAAAGAAUUCUGGUUUUGGUUUUUUUUUUUUUUUUUUUAUGACGGCUAAAUCCCUCUCUGUUGAGAAAGGUCUGCAAAUGGAAGGAACAGGGGUAAGAGAGAAGUCCUGCUUGUUUAGUUAAUGACUGCUUCUUGUAGAGGUGAGGGAAGUAUUACAGAUUGAAUUUAAAUGCCUUUCGUUUAAUGGUUUUUGAAUCACAUGCCCCCACAGUAUUUGAAAUUUGCUUCCAUUCUUUUUGUAUAUUGGAGGGUAAAUCGUUCAAAGAGCAGUAGUUUACAGCUUGGAUGCAAACGUUGUAAAAUAUAACGUGUAUAUUAACUCUUUUCUAUUUAUCUUUAUUAUUGAAAAUGCAUAGAAUGUGUAGAGUAGCAUGGUCAUAGUGAGUUACAUCCUGCAAUUGGAUGUGUAGAACAGUUCUGGGUGGAGAAGGAGGUGAGAUGGAACUGGUAGGAAAAUCUUUUUUAAUCUGCAGUACUGAGUUCUUAGAAUAGUUAAAAUACUUCUUGAACAAAGCUAAUGCAAAUUAUGAUGGUGUCAAGAUGUGCUUUAACCAUGUGAAAGGUAGCUAAGAAGGACUUCUUAAAAUGUCUUUUUGGUAGGACUGUACUUACGAUCUGGUUACGAGGAAAUUAUUUACCAGUCUCUUUGAAUAUGCAACUUAGUCUAGAUUAAGGAUUUUCUUUUUUUCCUCCCUUCAUGCUAACACAUCUUUAUUUAGCAUUAGUGACAUUUCUGAGGGGUUUUUCCAAUGUUAACCUUUAACAAACCUGAAAGAUCAGGUUCAUUUUGUUCCUUGCUGUUUAGGGAGGUGAUGUGGGGGAGCAGUUUGUGAGUGGGCCACAGUCUCCUCUUGAGAAAGGCUUUGUCAGUCACAUCAUCUGCCUUUUGUCUGGCUCCUUGCAGUUGUGCAUGCAGGAGCCACCAGUAUUGUGUGCUUGCUUAUAUGCUGCUCUGAGGAGCUGGGUGCAGGUACUCAUCUAGGCCACACGUGGAACAAAAGAGAAGCCUGGUACCUGCUGGAUGUGUGCUGCAUCCUGGUGUCUUCAUGCACUUGACCCACUUGGCAAUCUGUUAGGAAAGAGCUUGUUCUGGGACUGGCCUCGUAGACUUCAGUGUGGGCAGACUGAAUAAGAUCUGUCUGCACUGUGCUGGGCUCUUGGUUGUGGUCUCCUUACCCUAACCCUCAUUUCCAUUCUGUAUUUGCCAGGAAAGGCCAGUGCAUUACAUCCAGCUUUGCUGCUAACCCACCAUGUUUAAUGGCAAAUACACAAACUGACUUUUGUUUUUUAGGCCAACCUUGUGUUUGUUUUUUUUUUUUUGUUUGUUUGUUUCAUAUGUACUGUGUAAUGGAUGGUAGCAAAUCUCCAUACUUUAUACCUUGCUUUAAUUUUUCCCUUUCAAAGAUGUUUCUAAACUUUUUGGUUUAAAAAGAAAUGUAUGUUGCUUAGAUGUCAUGAAAUAUUUGCUUUUGACUGUCAAUUGUUUCUUCAUUUUUAAAAAGAAAUUAUAUAUAUUGUUUGGUUCACUCAGGAAAUGCAUGUGUCAGGAAACCUGUAUUAUAUAAGUUCAGUUAGUUGUCAUGUACAAGUAACUGCUGUUACUCCCUUUUCAUAGAAAUAUAACUGAUUUUUGACAUUCUCCAGAUUAUAUGCAUUAAGUAAUGAAGCUUAUGCAGCAAGAAACCCCCUGUAUUGUAGUUGUUCUAAUCAUUUUAUUCCAACUAUGUUAUUCUGUAGUUUAAUUUUUAUUUGCAAAUUAAUUUAUUCAAACUAUGUGAGUAAACACUUUUCAAAAAUAGA